AUGACGAAUCUGCAGGUCAUUCGCCGCGCGGCCGCGGACACUGAAUCGACGGUACUCGAUAUAUAUACAUCCACAGAGGCCGUGAUAUUUCUUGGCACGCCCCACCGUGGCAGUAGUAAAGCUGGCAUUGCUGAGGUUGUCAGGAAGAUCGUUUCGGUCUCUGGCUUUGAUACGACAGAUAAGAACAUACGGGCACUCCAGGUCAAUAGCACCGAGCUUGAGCUUAUUCACGAGCUCUUUAUGAAGCUCUACGAGCAGAAGGAGCGUCAGUUCAAGGUCCUCACCUUCCAGGAAGCUAAGGGAGUUUCUGGGAUAAGCUACCUAAAGUUGAAUGAGAGGGUUGUCGAACCUUUCUCGUCCUCUAUCACUGGCACUGAGCCAACACAAACCAUUAAUGCAAAUCAUAUGUCUAUGUGCCGAUUCCCCAGCAGGGACGAUGAAGGAUAUAAGCAGAUCUUGGGAGAGAUCCUGAUCCUCGUGUCAGACAAGGAAAGGAAGCUGAACCCCUCAUCAGCCUUGACCGAUGUGGAGAGGAAGUGCGUAGCACUGCUGAUGCAAAACACAUCGAGCGCUGCAGAGUACAAGUCCUCGCUUCCCCACCGAGUUGAGGGUACCUGUCAAUGGAUACUGUCAAAUUCACAAUACCGCGACUGGAAUUCGCAGAAGGAGACCUGCCUCCUGUGGAUCAGUGGCUAUCCUGGAACUGGAAAGACCAUUCUCUCGACCUAUAUUUUAGAGUAUCUAACUGCCGGUGACCUUUCGCCAAGCCUGCACACGACGAUAUGCUAUUUCUUUUGCGACGAAAAGAUCAGUACGCAACGGGAUGGCAUGGCGAUUCUCCGAAGCCUCAUCCACCAGCUGCUUCUUUACCGCCGGUUAUUAAUCAAGUACGUCAAAUCUGCGUACGAUUUUCAUGGACCGCAGUUGGAGCAGAAUUUCAACGAGCUCUGGAGAAUCUUUGUAGCCAUUGCUAGUGACAAGCGAACAGGGCCCGUCAGCGUUAUCAUCGACGCUAUUGACGAGUGCGAGGAAGCAACCAGAGAACGAUUUCUUCAGCACGUCAGUCAGCUCAUGAGCAAGUCAUGGCCGACCGGCUCAAGCACGCCCUGCAUCAAGUUUCUUGUCACAAGCAGGCCACUAUUGGGGCGUCGAUGUCCGGGCAACCUUUUGCAAAUCGACCCGUCUCAAAACCAUGUCGAACAAGAUCUGAGACUAGUGAUACGAAUGAAAGUGGAACGCAUCGUCCAGCGAACUCGAUGCCACCCUGACGUGCGGACCUAUCUCGAGAAUGCUUUAUUCUCUAGAGCCGAUCGGACCUUCCUCUGGGUGACUCUGGUGCUUCAUCUUCUCGAGAGAAGCUUUUUAGCAUCGCAGAAGGAUUUUAAGCGCAUUAUUGAUGAGAUGCCCAAGUCUUUGUCAACCACGUACCAGCGUUUCCUACAAGGAAUCUCGAUGGAGUAUCAACCACUCGCCAAUAGGCUACUGCAUUUCCUGGUGGGCAGCUCACGACCUCUGACGCUGAAGGAGAUGCGUAUCUUAAUCGCUAUUCAGGACCAUCAUCACACUCUCGCAGCUGUGGAAGAAGAUGCGCAACCCAACAUCCAAGACACCAUUGAAGGCGUGCUAGGGCCACUGGUCAGGAUCUGGGACUCUCGGAUAUAUCUGGUACACCAGUCUCUCAAGGAAUUCCUCCAAAUUCUUUCAACCCAGUCCGAAAACCCCUUAUCAGCCAUCUACGGCGUCGAUGGGCACGAAGCAAACUUACUCUUGGCCGAGAGGUGCAUAUCAUAUCUAUUGCUUAAAGAUUUCCGAUGCGACCUCUUCUCGCCGGACAGCGGAAACUCUCCGACUUCUCUGGUCGAAGGCUCCCUUGAGGCGGCACCUAUUGGACAGCUCUGGGAUCCGUUUGAUCUGGGCGACGACACCUUUUUCAAGGAUCCGGCAGUAUCCGAGGCAGAGACUUGUUUGUCCAUUGGGUCACGUUAUGCCUUCUUCGACUAUUCGUCCAGGCACUGGGCGCAGCAUUUCUCAUUUGCCUGCCUUAUAAGCCCUCCCAAGAUCCAAGAAUCUGCUAUCAUGUUAGCGGAUGUCAGUACCCAUCGCGGCUCAAACUGGUUUCGAUUCUAUUGGCAUCAUGCUGAAAUGACCCUUCCCUACCCCCGAAAUUUUGUUCCCAUUACAACCGCAAGCUACUUCGGUCAUUCAACAUCCGUAGAACUUCUCCUGCGCCACGAAUCGACGAUGGAACCAAGCAUAGGAGCAUAUGGGUUAUGCUGGGCGGCGAGGAUGGGACAUACCGGCGCCGUGGACUUACUUCUUGGAGCGGGAGUCGAUCCUGAUACGAGUACUGUUGAUGGGCAAAAUGCUCUCACUGCUGCGGUACAGUUCAACCGCAUAGAUAUCGUGAAGCGUCUCUUAGAAGACGACGGUUUCAUCCCCGAACGAAACGAGUACCGAGUCAAUUACGCUCCGCUAGGGGGCCGAACACCCCUGUCCAUAGCUGCUGGCAACGGCCAUGUGGAGAUCGUUAGCCAACUUCUACUCCAUGCCCGGAUCAAGCCCGAUAUGGCAGAUUUCAACCAGUGGACGCCGCUCUUCUGGACAGUAGGUGGCAGGCAUUUGGACGUGCUCCAGCUGCUCGUCUCCGAUCCCUGCGUUUCUAUCAACCACGUGGAUAGGUCUGGUCGAAAUGUCCUCAGUUGGGCUGCUGCGGAAGGUGAGCUUGAGCUCGUGAGAUAUCUCUUCUCCAUGAAACAUCUCCAUGUAGAUGAAGGAGAUCGAGCUGGUCGAACACCGUUCUCUUGGGCAGCAGGAAAUGGACAUUUAGAGACGACGGUCUACCUACGGCGCAGCGAGCGAAUCAAUUUAUCGAGAAAGGAUAAACACGGACGAAAUGCGAUUUCGUGGGCAUGUUCAGGUGGGCAUCACAGAGUGGUUGAGUAUCUGAUCAAACAUGACCGCCGAGCGGUCGACGAAGAGGAUGUGGACGGCUGGACGCCACUUGCCUGGGCCCUUUUCAGUCAGAACCCAAGAACCGUCAAGGUACUUCUUGAGUCAGGCUCUGUCAAUGUGAACAAAAAGGAUCACAGUGGUCGGAGUGCUCUGUCAUUUGCUGCAGGUUAUGGCUAUCUGGAUAUCGUUCAAAUGUUGUUGAACACCGAAGGUAUUGAAGUUGAGAGCAGGGAUAAUGAUGGAUUAACACCUUUGUCACAUGCGGCCCGGUGCCCGGCUAUCGUGAAGGUAUUGCAGACGUUCAGCAAAUAG